AUGAUGAUCAAUUCUUCAACAGAAUAUGCCAUAACGAAGCCGGGGAUGUCACAGUACUUGUCAAGGAAGCGUGACAAGCCGCUCCGGACGUAUGGGCGAAAGUCCGCGCCAACCCCAGAACCGCGAGGUGAACCGCCCGUCAAGCGGGCGCGACUGGAUACCGAUGCACAAGUCGAAAACUACAAGGCACCGUCGGCGGGACAGAUUCAGUCGUCCAGGAAAGAGCAGCCAGAUUCAAGUUCAAACCUUGAAAAGGAGUCACAGCCAAUGCCCAGCACCGAAGGAGCACCACGGUCGUCCAUCUUGCAAUAUUUUAGGCCUGUACCGACCGACGCAAGAUCAGACUGCGCGAAGAAGGAAGACGUGCAUAUUCGCCGAGAGGCGGUGCAUCCGCAAGCUGUGCGGAGGCGAAGGAAGCCUCGACUACUGAGGAUCAGGGCGACUUCACUGCCAUCAGACGAAUCUGAAGACGCUGCGAGUCUCUCGGGCCGAGACGAGACAGGCAGUAAUGUCCCGUCGCCGGAUCGGAAAAGAAAAACCUUGCAUGAAGGGGGCCAUGGUUUACUCAACCAGGGACAGAGGGAUGGAGCUUCAUCGGAUAUCAGGCUUCGUGUCAAAACGAGGUCGAAGUGCUCGCCGACAGUGCAAACAACAUUGAAUAUUUCGUCCAAGGCGACGUUUGCUGAGUGCAAGGUGUGUAAUACUGUUUGGAAUCCGUUGUACCCGGAUGACGUGAAAUAUCACGAAAAAACGCACAAGGCUCUGGUGAGAAAGGCGAAGAAGGCGGAUGAUUUGAUCGACCCGGCCAUUCGUCUGCGACGGGCCAUUCACGUUGGUGACAGCCUCCUUGCCCUACGGAUCCUCAAGUCCCACCCGCCUCUCCUCCACAACCCCGAUUCGUCAUUGUCUGGACUAUCCAACUCCAAUUUGCAUCUGGCAGCAUCUCUCGGCCACAAGGAAAUAUGUGAGGCCCUGUUGAGAGUCGGCCACGAGGAUCCCUGUCCUGCCCUGAACGAGAAUCAUCAGACAGCCUUGAUGCUGGCUGCCUCUGCUGGACAUGCCGAAGUCGUACAUUUACUUUGCGAGUACGACCGAAGCUGCAUCCUACGACAAGAUAUCAGAGGCCGCGACGCCAUUAUGGAGGCCAGCAUGGGUGGCCAUGAUACUGCGCUUCAGAUUCUUCUGACUUAUGUGCCGGGCGGUCCACGUGAAGCGGUCCAGAGGGCCGAUUUGGAGGGCAAUACGGCCCUACAUUUUGCGAGCAGCAAUGGAAACCUGCUGGGACUGCGGACUUUACUCGCGGCUGGGGCUGAUGUGGAACGACGAAACAUCUGGAACUGGACUCCCGCUGCAUACAGCGCCACCGUGCAAGCCGAGGUAUAUCUCAAAGGACUGGUGACUGAGGUCGAGAGACGCCAGCAGCUGAAGAAGGGAAUCGAAGGCACCAAGAACAAGAAAGCUGGGGGAUUGCGUGUGGUAACUGCAGAUGGCGACGAUGACUGGUGA